GCCUGCCUUUUAUCAAGCAUCUCUCCCCCACUCACUCUUUUACAUUUAGGGAUCAUGAAAAUAGUUCACUUUUGAAAUUUAUCAACACCAUUUUUAUCUUUAUAAUAACUUUGACGUUGAAUACAUCAACACCUUAAUUACAUAUAGUUUAUGGAAUUUCUCUUUUUUCUUGUAAUAAAUUUAGUUCAAUCCCUCUGUCUCUUCUUCUGGAGUCUUGGACCCAACCCCAUCAUUCCAGAAAUGACCGGCAAAAGUCAAGAAGCUCUCUCUGAGGUCUCUACUCUCUCUCUCUGCGUGUAGGAUACUAGACAAUUGACAGCCAAAGACUAAAGCUGUGUUGUUGGUUCACUUCUGUUCUCUUUUCCAAUGUUGUCAUCAGCAAAGCAUCAGAGAAACCAUAGAGUCUCUGCUACAAACAAGAACCAGACUCUCAACAGAGUUUCUUCCAUUUCAUCCUCAUCACCAUCGUCUUCAUCAUCAACCUCAUCAUCAUCUCCUUUACCUUCACAAGACUCUCAAGGCCAGAAGAGAUCUCUAAUCACCAUGGAAGAGGUUUGGAAAGACAUCAACCUUGCUUCCAUCCACCACCUAAACCGACACAGCCCACAUCCUCAACACAACCAUGAGCCAAGGUUCAGGAGCCACAACCAUCAGAACCAAAACCCUAACUCAAUCUUCCAAGAUUUUCUCAACGGAUCAUUGAACCAGGAACCAGCACCCACAAGCUUGACCACGGGUUCUGCGCCUAAUGGUGAUUCCACCGCUGUCACUGCUCUCUGCAGCUCUCCUUUUCCACCUCCAGCAACUGUCCUGAGCUUGAAUUCUGGCGCUGGCUUCGAGUUUCUCGAUAACCAAGAUCCUCUUGUUACCUCAAACUCUAAUCGUCAUAGCCACCAUCACCUCUCAAACGUUCAAUCCUUCAACACACCUUUUGAGGCUCUGGUUCCGUCCACUUGUUUUGGUAAGAAAAGAGGCCAAGAGUCCAAUGAAGGUUCAGGGAAUCGAAGACAUAAGCGUAUGAUCAAGAACAGAGAAUCUGCAGCUCGUUCCCGAGCUAGGAAACAGGCUUAUACAAACGAGUUAGAACUUGAAGUUGCUCACCUGCAGGCAGAAAAUGCAAGACUCAAGAGACAACAGGAUCAGUUGAGAAUGGCUGCAGCAAUUCAGCAACCCAAAAAGAACACACUUCAACGGUCUUCCACAGCUCCAUUUUGAGAAAUCCACAAGUCCUUAUUUCUCUUUUGGGGAUUGAGAUUGUCUCAUGAAGAAGUAAAAAAAUGGAAAAAAGUUUGUACCCUUUUUUAUUAGCUAAGUAUAAAACUAAGCUAAAAUUGUAGAAGUAAGAUAUUGUAGGGGAAAGAAAGAAGAUGUAAAACAAAAGACCCGGAAAGAGAAAAGGAUCUUUCAAUUUCCUAAGGCACAGGAACACCUGUCCUGGGUCCUCUCUUCAUGUUCUGUCGUUUUGCUAUUUAAACUCUUUUUUCACUUCUGUACUAACUUCUACUUGUAUUCUUGUUGUAGUAAUAUGUUCUACUUCCUCUUCUAAUAAUACUAGUAAGAAAAAAAAACACUUAUGUUUUACUGUUUAA